ACCGUUGGGAGCUCUUCACCGUGCGUGAACUCGUAGCGUACGAAGAAGAAUCUGGAGGCGCCGAGAAGGAGAAAAGUAAGGAGGAUAAGAGGGUUACAGUCAUGGGGGAGAGAGAGUGAAUCAGCUGGGGGCAUGGAGGGGCCUUCAGAGUUGAUGGAAAUGUUCGUCAUCUGGAUGAGGCUGUUGCUAGUGAUAGGGAAAGGUGAGGUGUAUGAUCCCACCUUCAGAAACACAGGGGUCCCCACCAUUGGCCCAGAACGAGGGCCGCAAAUAUUUGGAGCUGCACUUAACGCAGGAAGAGAAACGACUUUGCAGAGUGCAUGAAAAUCAUGUUUAGCUCACUACCGCAGAUUGAUUUCUAACCUGCUGGUUCAGCAAAGGUGAGGAAGAAAGGGUGACAGUAAUCCGUGGAGGAUUGAAACUAAGGAAAGGUUGAAAAACUGAGUAGAGGAGGUGGAGUUUAACUAGGCUUUGAGAGGAGCUAACUGAAUAUGACAAAGCAAUAGAAAGCCAUGCCAAUUAAUGAACUGAGAUAAACAUAAGUAGGCUUGUGUGAGGAGAAAACAAAACACCUGCACACAUCAAAUGUGAAGUAGCUUAAUACUGUAAAUAAAGUCACCUGGUUUGGGUCAAAGAUCAACUUUAUUCACUUGUAUUUGGAAUUUGCUGUGGUGUGUUGGCAUGAUGUGCAACAGAAAACAACAUUCAACGAUUACAAAGAAUUAUAUAAAAAUAAAAUUAGAGGUUAAGCGUACAAAUAUCAGAAUCAGGUUUAAUAUCACCAGCAUACGUCGUGAAAUUUGUUAACAUUGUGGCAGCAGUACAAUGAAAUGCAUGGUAAAUGUAGAGAAAAAAACAGUUACAGUAAAUAUAUAGAUAAAUAUGUGUACAGUCGGCCCUCAUCCGCGAGGGAUUGGUUCCAGGACCUCACAUGGAUACUCAAGUCCCUUAUAUGAAAUGGCGUAGUAUUUGCAUAUAACCUAUGCACAUCCUCCUGUAUACUUCAAAUCAUCUCUAGAUUACUUACAAUACCUAAUAUAACAUAAAUGCUAUGUAAAUAGUUGCUACACUGUAAUGUUUAAGGAAUAUUGACAAGAAAAAAGAACUGUACAUGCAGCGAACGAAUGAGAUGGGAGGUGAACAAUGAUCAAACAACGAGUAAAACUUUUAAUCAUCUCUAGAUUACAGAACUUAUAACACCUAAUACAAUGUAAAUGCUAUGUAAAUAGUUGUUACACUGUCUUGUUUAGGAAAUAUUGACAAGAAAAAAAACUGUACAUGCAGCGAACGAAUGAGACACCGAUUCUUCCAUGAUCUUUAUGUUCUUGAGGCUGUAGUGCUUUACAUAGCCAGCCAGCCAUCCCUUACUAGUGUACAAUGUACUGUGUAUGUUAAUCAAAAUGGCUUCUUUGUUUUGUUAAGAAUAGGAAUGUUUCUUUGUAUGAUAAGUGCUUUCUCUUGCGGUUGUUUAGCUUUAGACUUGCUGAUAUCGGGAUUGUAUUAGUUUGUUGACCAAUGGGGAAUGUUAUUUUGUCUUGUGAGGCUGGGAGCUUGGGGGUUUUCGUGGUCUUUUCAGGGGAGUCGGGAAGAAGACGCUGAAGAAGGUGGACGUGCGCUGCACUGCUCGGUCGAUCACCAGGGUGGUCCCAAGUGCAAGGACGUGGAGGUCGGAGGAAAGUGACGAGGGAUCGAAUGGUUCGAUGGUUGAGCUCCAACGAUGUGCAGUAAACUGACUGAACUUUGAUAAGUUGGCGCCUUUUACUUUAUUUUCUUUUGCUUUAUAUAUAUUUAUUGCAUAGUACUCUUAGUUUUAGUAAAACCUUUAAAGUGUAUUCCAUAAUGGUAUCUGGUGUGAGUUUGAUAUUGUGCGUGUGUGCGUGGCAUAAACUUGAUUCUCACAGCACCUGUGUGUACGGGAGGUGGAGUUGGUGAGUGGCUGGAUCUCCUUUUCCCCUAGACAUAUACCAGCCUGUUGGGUAAGUGUUACACUAGCCUUAAACUCUUUUCUCUCGCUCUCAUCAACCCUGUCACAGUAAUGCUCAUAGAGACUAAGAGCUUUCUCACAUAUAAUUUGGCCAUCGACAGGGAUAUUCUUCUGUGACAUGUCCUUUAGCCACACACUUAAUGCUUUAUCAGUCUUUGCAAGCACUUUAUCAUGAACCAGAGAGACCAUUUUUGGCAUUGUAGGGGCAGCACUAGCACUUCACACGAAUUUCAGCUUCUUUCUGCUUUAUUGUGCGAAUGCUCAAUUUGUUCUUACUGACCUUAAGGUCCACUUCGGAAAGUGACAUGUCAUUUUUCAAAAGAUCUUAAUAUUCCUACUUUCUCGAUGGGAGAUAGCACUUUACGCUCCCUUUAGCCUUUGAGGAAUUGCUUUGACCACCUAAUUGCUUUUUAGGAGCCAUUUUUUCACAGGAACAAAGUAGUGAACAAACGAGAUGCAAGGUGAACAAUGCUCGAGCAACAAGUGCUGGAAGAGCACUUCUGGGUUUUCUCGAUUCGAGGUUGGUUGAAUCUGCACAUGCGGAAUCCACAGAUGAGGAGGGCUGACUGUAAUGUAAAGUGGCAUAUGUUCACUCCACUGACGAAUCCACUCUAUCGAAACACAAUCGAGGUCUUCAUUUUUCACUUUAUGCAGUGUUUUUCUAUUUUUCAUUAACUCCUUCUCAGAACUGUCUGUGGUGUGUAGAGACCUGUGCAUCACCUGGGAACCUUCCCAGCGCAUGUUAAAUUUUCCAUUUGUGAUGUCAUUAUCAGCACUUUGAAAAAGAUUUGGAUUUUGGAUUUUUUUCAAAAUUUGGAAUUUCAGAAAAGGAAUAUUCAACCUGUAUUAUAAAAAGUGUCUCAAAAGUGUUUACUGUGAAGUGUAGUGGCAGGGAUAAUAGAGAGUUGUGGGAAGGUGUGUUUUUGUUUUAAUCGCCCUGUAGUGCUUUCCAGAGGGAGCUUUUGGAAAAGGCAGUUUUCAGGGAUGAGUAGUGUUUGCAAUGAUUUUGUACGCCGAAAUAUUGUCUAUUAAUAGCCCUUCCGUCCCAUUCUUCCAACCUCUCAGGUCUCUCCGACCCACUUAGGUUCAGUUUUAGGCCAACAUCUUUUAAGGUUUAGCCUAACAGAAAAAUGAAGGUUCUAUAGCUCUUAGAAUAAGAGUUAAACUUGCACUACCUAUUCAAAACUACCUUUUAUGUAAUUUCCCAGUAGUUUUUAGUGAUUUCUGCACAUGGAAUGUAAAAUCUUUCUGUUACUUUACAGUUCUUUCUUUCUCAUAGAGCAUUUUCCAUCUUACUGUUUUGGCCUGCCUCUUCCCACAGUAAAUUACAUUUGGGAUUCUUUAAGUUGUUCACUAUAUCUAUCAAGUUUGCCCAAGCAACUUUUGGCCCCACCAAUACUUAUUAAUUCACCAUCAGUCCGAGUUAGCAGUAUUAGAAAUAAUAGUUAUUGAUAUAUUGGAGUGAAAAGCUGGGGUCCCAGCACAGAUCAUUGGGAUUACAUUAACUGCCAGGCAUAAGAAUCUGAUUAACAUUGUAGUUUCAUAUUGCCACUGCUUCAGAAUUUAAUAUAAUUGAAUUGUGUAUGCAGUUCUAACUUUAUUAUAUAGUUAGAGGUAUUGUCCAACAAACAUUUCUAAUCUGACCAUUUACUGGAUCUAUCCAACAUUAAGCUUAUUGUUCCUUUUGUAGAACCUUGCAUGUGACCCUUGCCUUAAUGACAUUUCAGGUAGUGGAAAUUUGCUCUGACAGAAUCACAAAUAAUUGUGCAAAAAAAUGAGAAACAAAAUUAGCUCUCAUAAAAUUUUGUAGAGGGAGAGGGGGAAGUAAAUUAAUAAAUACUUCAGUUUAUUCAAAUUGUUUCUUGAUGUCUCAGCAGAUGAUGCAGCUCCAUGUAAUGGGGAAUCACAAUGCAGAUCAUUUUCUCAGAAUACAACUUCCUAUCCACUAAUACAGGAGCUGCACAUAUUGAAGUUCCUUUGGAAGUUCAUGUACACUAUAUUGUAGAUACAGUCAGCCCUCCUUAUCUGCGAGGGAUUGGUUCCGGGACCUCUCGCGGAUACCAAAAAAUGCGGAUGCUCAAGUCCCUUAUUCAGCCUGUCAAUGCAGUGGACCUUAGGACCCAGUGGAACCCCGGACCUUAUUUAACCUGUCCCAGUGCGGUGGACAUUAGGACCCGGCGGCGGAGCUCUGAAUCCGCAGUGUUUCUGUUCAACGAAAAUAAUCACGAUCACGAUUGAAAAUAAAGUGGAAAUAAUAAAGCAAUCGGAAAGAGAUGAAACGCCAUCGGUCACUGGAAAAGCGUUAGGCAACAGUCGGUCAACGAUCGGAACAAUUUUAAAGGAUAAAAUGAGAAAGUCUCUGCCCGGAUGAAAGCUACAAUUAUUACUAAGCAACGCAGUGGUUUAAUUAUUGGAUUUUGGGGUUUGGGGUUUUUGAUCUUCCAUAUCAACCAGGCACAGAUGGAGAGUACACUCGGGAACUUCCUGAGCCUGGCGCUGAAACAUAUGUUCUUAAGUGUUUUAUAUGCAUAUAAAGGUAAAAUGUAUACUAUAUACUAAGACAAACAUUUGACUAACUGACACUAAGUAAUACUAGAUGUACCUGUUCCAACUUUCUUAGUAAGAGAACUUCAGAUUUUUUCCAAUCCCAAUCCACGAUAACCUACGCACAUCCUUCUGUAUACUUUAAAUCAUGUCUAGAUUAUUUAUAAUACCUAAUACAAAGUAAAUGCUAUGUAAAAUGGUUGUUAUACUGCAUUGUUUAGGGAGUAAUGACAAGAAAAAAAAAGUCUGUACGUGCUCCAAUAACAAAUGCUGGAAGAGCACUUCCGGGUUUUCUCGAAUCGCAGUUGGUUGAAUUCACGCAUGCGGAACUCGCGGAUAAGGAGGGCUGACUGUACUUCCUUUAGUUAUAAGUUUCUUCAGAAAGCUUCCAGUAAAAUACUCUUAAAGUAUAAUUACUGUUGAUUGGACGAAGGCAUUGCAGGUUAAUUGAAUGAAAUGUCAGCUCCCUAACUUUCUCCAUGUCUCAGAAGCUGGAUGGCAUCUCCACAAAUGCAAGAUCUGAGUGCAAAGACUGAAGCACAAGACACAGACACCAAAAGACACAGAAAACUUUUGCCCAGUCUGAAGACAAAAAGAGCUCAAGACUUGGUCCUUGUAAUUGGAACUGGAGUCAGUGCUGCUGUAGCUCCACAGGUCCCUGCUCUGAAAUCCUGGAAAGGACUAAUACAGGCCCUGCUGGAUGCUGCAAAUGAUUUUGACCUCUUAGAAGAUGAAGAGAACAGAAGAUUUGAAAAAUCACUCCAUGAAGAUAAGAACCUUGUGCAUGUUGCGCAUGAUUUGAUACAGAAACUCUCGCCACGUACCAGUAAUGUUCGUUCAAGUUUCUUCAAAGACUGUUUGUAUGAAGUCUUUGAUGACCUUGAAUGCAAGAUGGAUGAUGUUGGAAAGCACCUCUUAAAAUCUGUUUUGAAAUUGAUGGAGAACGGAUCCUUGGUCUUAACCACUAACUUCGACAAUCUAGUGGAAAUUUAUGGGUCUCACCAAGGAACCAAACUGGAGUCAUUAGACCUCACAGAUGAAAAGAAGGUGUUAGAGUGGGCACAGGAAAAACGAAAGAUGAGUGUUUUACAUAUUCAUGGUGUUUAUACAAAUCCCAGUGGGAUUGUUCUACAUCCUUUGGGUUACCAGAACGUGUUGCGUAAUACCGAAGUAAUGAGAGAAAUUCAGAAGCUGUAUGAAAAUAAAGCCUUUGUCUUCCUUGGCUGUGGACGAACGGUUGAGGACACAACAUUCCAGUCACUCUUUCUAGAAGCAGUCAACGAAUGGAAACAGGUGACGAAAUAAAACUGAGGAAAUAAGCUUUUGCUUAGCUUUAUAAUAUAGUUGAAGCACAACGCAGUAACUGACAGCCCAGAGGUCAACACUUGUUCUUACAAAUAAAAUGGAAAAUAUACGGUUCAUAAUGUUCCACUUCAGAACUGCACUAAAACACUCAAUUUGAAUAACACAAACCUCAAUUUGAAUUUGUUUUUCACUCAAUAAGUUGGAUUUUUUGGAUAACAUCACUGAGUUCUACCAGCUGAGACAACUCCUGCAAUUCUACUGUUCAUUUUGAUGUAGCAAUUUUGUACUGUUAAAGUGACUUCUGUACAGAAUAUUUUAAUAAAAGUCAAUAAAUAAUA